GCAACCCGCACAAGCAUGCAGCACUGCCCCUGAAUCAGCGCUUGAGCUGAAGCAGAUCAGUCAUAGUCCCAGCCUUUCAAAUCUUACCCAGGUGACGAUGGUGCCGUUGGGGCACUUAGCCAAGGGGGCCACUUUGGAAGAUCUUCUUGAAACCUGCAUUCAGUCUUUUGAUUUAGAGGGAAAUGCAUAUCAAAACAACCAGCUGCUAAAGAUAAUUCUGGCCAUGCAUCAGUUUAUCAUUUCCUCUGCAGAAAUGCUCCAGAAACUCAUUGAUCUCUAUCUUAAUGCUUUAGAAAAUAAAUCUUCCAUGCUGUGUGUAAAGAUAUGCUAUUUUGUGAGGUACUGGAUUACAGAGUUCUGGGUUAUGUUCAAAAUGGACUCUAAACUAUCCACAACUAUGGAAGAAUUUCAAGAACUGGUUAGAGCUAAUGGUGAGGAGUCACACUGUCGUCUAAUUGACACAACUCAAAUAAAUUCUAGGGAUUGGUCUAGAAAGCUGACACAGCGUGUAAAGGCCAACACCAGUAAGAAACGGAAAGUCUCACUUCUCUUUGAUCACCUUGAGCCAGAGGAGCUGUCAGAUCAUCUUACCUAUCUUGAAUUUAAGUCUUUCAGAAGAAUAUCAUUCUUAGAUUAUCAGAACUACAUUGUGAAUAGUUGUGUGAAGGAGAAUCCAACAAUGGAAAGAUCCAUUGCUCUUUGCAAUGGUAUCUCUCAGUGGGUGCAGCUAAUGGUUCUCAGCAGACCAACACCACAGCUUCGGGCUGAAGUGUUCAUCAAGUUCAUUCAUGUUGCACAGAAGCUCCACCAGCUGCAAAAUUUCAAUACGUUAAUGGCAGUGAUAGGAGGUCUCUGUCACAGUUCCAUUUCCAGACUCAAGGAAACAAGCUCCUGUGUUCCUCAUGAUGUAAUUAAGGUGUUUAAUGAAAUGACAGAACUGCUUUCAUCUUACAGAAAUUACGAUAGUUACCGACGUGCCUAUAAUGAGUGCAGUAACUUUAAGAUCCCAAUCCUUGGGGUCCACCUGAAAGAUUUGAUAUCACUUUAUGAGGGCAUGCCAGACUACUUAGAGGACAAAAAAGUUAACAUAUACAAACUAUACUCUCUAUAUAACCACAUAAAUGAGCUGAUACAACUCCAGGAAAUGCCACUUCCCCUGGAGGCUAAUAUGGAUCUUGUUCAUUUGCUUACACUGUCCCUUGAUCUUUACUACACAGAAGAUGAAAUUUAUGAACUUUCAUAUGCACGAGAGCCACGAAGUCACCGAGCUGCCCCUUUGACACCUUCCAGACCACCAGUAGUUGCAGACUGGGCCUCAGGAGUAGCCCCAAAACCCGAUCCAAAAACCGUCAGCAAACAUGUUCAGAGGAUGGUAGAUUCUGUCUUCAAAAAUUAUGACCAUGAUCAGGAUGGAUACAUUUCCCAGGAAGAUUUUGAAAAGAUAGCUGCCAGUUUUCCAUUCUCAUUUUGUGUAAUGGCUAAGGACUGGGAAGGUCUGAUUAGCAGGGAUGAAAUAACAGCUUACUUUAUGAGGGCUAGCUCAAUCUAUUCCAAAUUAGGACUUGGCUUUGCUCACAACUUCCAGGAGACCACUUACUUAAGGCCUACUUUCUGCGACAACUGUGCUGGAUUUCUAUGGGGAGUCAUUAAACAAGGAUACAGAUGCAAAGACUGUGGAAUGAACUGCCACAAGCAAUGCAAAGACCUGGUUGUGAUAGAGUGCAAGAGAAGACCCAAAACUUCAGUUGCAGACAGCAGCCCAACAUCAACUCUUCCUUCAAGCCUCUGCCCAGUAGGAGUCAAAGAGCAAUUCCAUGGGCAAGAAGAAGGACUGUUCACAUUUCCUAAUGGAGAAGCAGUGGAACACCAUGAAGACAGCAAGGACCGAACCAUUAUGCUCAUGGGUUCCUCAGCUCAGAAAAUCUCAGUGAGACUGAAACCAGCUGUGGUUCAUAAAGGUACACAGACCGAUCCUGUACUGCUGGCUGGUGAGGUAUCUCGUAGACAGACAGAGAAGAAAGAACAUAGGAUGCCAGAAAACCCUUAUCUCCAGGCAGCUCCACCAUCCCCAUGUCCAAGCCCAUUUCUAGGCCGCAAAAAGGCGUAUGUUAAGUGGGAAAACAAGGACUCCAGCCAGAAAAUGAAAGAAGAGCAUCACAGCUGUAAACCCUCAUACCAGGAGCUUGAGCAGGAAAGAAACAUUCUAAAGGCAGACAAUGAAGGUUUAAAGAUCCAACUGGAACAGGCACAUAAAACAAUUGAAUCUCUCACAAUCCAGAGAAGAAACCAUGUAGUUGACAACCUAUCACACAGAGACUGCUCUUAG